AUGGCCACCCACCAAGCCAUCAUCCUCCCUGGUAUUAACUUACCACUCACCCUCGCCUCAGUCCCAACACCAGCCCCCCAAUCCGGCCAAGUCCUCAUCAAGGUCCUCGCCAGCCCUAUCCUCGCAUACUACCGCGCAAUCCUCACCGGCAAACGUCCCUAUCCCCUCUCCCUCCCCCUCACCCCUGGUGUAUCCCCAAUCGGCCGCAUCGAGGCCACCGGAUCCGACACAACAGCACUCAAACCGGGCCAACUAGUGUACGUCGACCUUGCCGUACGCGCACGCGAUGACCCUCUCAAGGAACACGGCACCAUCGUCCUUCAGGGCCUCUUCGUAGGUAUAACCCCCGAAGCGCGCAUCCUAUCCGAAAACGACUGGCGGCAUGGCUCGUGGGCGGAGAAACAGCUCGUCCCGCUGGAGAAUGUGCAUGUUCUCGAUGAAUCGCUGCUGUGUGCGCAGAUGGGUUAUUCACCGGCACGGCUCACCUGGAUUAACACCCUGCUUGUUCCGUACGGCGGAUUACUGUCGGGGGCCCUGCAGCCGGGGAGACGUUCCGUCGAGAAGAUCCAGAGCCGCUAUCCAAAGGGAAAGGUAGUCGGAGUUGCAACGGAGGGUCUCAAUGAGACUUCCCUGAAAGACGCGAUGAGGAAAGCCACCCCUCGCGGGCUUGGUGCGGAUCUGUUCCUUGAUUUUACUCCAUCGUCGGCUGCCGAGGGACAGAAAUGGAUACAUCUCGCCUCUGCCAUAUCUGCCUUGAAGGCUAAUGGUCGUGCGGUUCUGAUGGGUGGUGCUUCGGAUGCGGUCAGCCUGCCUUAUUCAGUGCUCAUGAUGCGUAACAUCACGGUGAAGGGGAAUUUUAUGUUUGACGGAACUGCUCCUGUGAAGUUGAUCCGGCUCAUUGAGACGGGGAACUUGUCGCUGUCGAGAUUUCACGACAUUGAGUUUGAUUUCAAGGACUACGAAAGGGCAAUUGAUGAGGCUGCCACGAAGACUGCUGGCGACUGCGGUGUGGUCUUGGUCCACAAGGAAUAA